UCAACCUUUUUUUGAUAAUCAUUUAAUUGCUACAAAUUAUAAUUGUGUUUAACCUUUAAAUUAUUGUUAUAAUGGACAAAAAUUUUACUUGUGAUAAAUGUGAUCGAACCUUUGUCAAUAUAUCAAAUUUGAAUCGACAUAAAAAGUCGAUUCAUGAUAUUAUCCCUGACACUGGUUUUCAAUGUAUAAUUUGCGAUGAAUCUGUACGUGAUAACCAAACAUACAUUAAUCAUUUACAUGAUGAACAUCAAAUCAACAUUGAACAAAAAUCAACUGUUUGCGAAUCAUUUGAAGCGUUUCUCGAAUGGAAAAGACAAAUUGAAAAUGAAGAUUCAUCAAGUUUCAUAAGUUUAAGAGGCCCACGGAAGAAUCUGAACAUAGUGACUUAUUAUUAUGUUUGCAGUCGCAGUGGGAAGUAUGAGUCAAAAGCUCAACAACGCCAAGGAAGAGUACAAGGAAGUAAAAAAAUUGGUGGUAGAUGUCCAGCUCAUGUUACUGCAAAGAAAAAUAAUGUUACUGGAAUCAUCGAAGUUAAUUAUUCAAUUACACAUGUCGGUCAUGAUUGUGAUUUGAAAUUUCUCAACUUACCGGAAAGAGAUAGAGAAGAGAUUGCAGCUGAGUUAGCUUCUCAAGUGCCAAAAUCUGUUGUUUUGUUUAAUGUGAGAGCUUCUCUCGAAUCUCGCUUACAAAGAAAACAUUUGAUAACUUCGAAAGAUCUCCAAAAUAUUGAAGCAUCUUACAAUUUACUUGGACAAGUUAAAAGAGCUUCAAAUGAUCUUUUGAGUGUUGAGAUGUGGAUGGAGCAAUUUAAAGACCUACCCGAUAAUCCAAUCUUGAUUUACGAGAAAGAUGACAAGCCAUUCAUGCUUGGAAUCAUGAAUGAAACACAGCAAUUUAUGUUUGAAAAAUAUGGUAGAAAUAUUUUGAGCAUUAUAAUUAAAAACGUUUAUUAAAUUUUAUAAAUAUGAAUAAAUUGAAUAGAAAAUCUGCAAAGAAAAGAAGCAAAAAUUAAUAUCCACUUAAUAUCCACUG